UCCAGUCCGAAGCCAGGGGCAGCCAAGCCUUCCGAGGGAGGCGGAGGCUUGGAGGAGGAGCAGCUGCAAAGGAAGCAGCAGCAAAGAGCAGCAGCAAAAAGCAUCAGCAAGAAGCAGCAGCAGCAAAGAGCAGCAGCCCCCGCCCUCUUCAUCCUGCCUGAUGCCCGGAGAUCUCCGGUAAAGCCCACCAGCUUGCCUGUGUGCACAUCUCCCCCGGCCCUCCCCUCGGAGGAUGGGUUGCGAGAAUUGGCCGAUCUGCCCCAAAUCCUCCUAAAGCUGCCAAAAAACCCACCCCCAAACCAAGGGAGCAUCAGGGGCUGGGGUGGCUGCAAACAGCCAUGCACCACUGGAUCUCUUCUUGCUGCCUCUGAGCGAGCUGCCCCGUGCAGGGGGUGGGAGCGGUAUAAAGGAAGAGGGAGAAUUGGGGGAGGCGAAAAACACCCAAGCAAAACAUGUCUUCGUCCUCGGCCGUGGGGCCCCGCGGCCCACGCCCUCCCACGGGGCCUCCCCCGAUGCAAGAGCUCCCCGACCUGAGCCACCUGACCGAAGAGGAGCGGAACAUUAUCAUGGCAGUGAUGGACCGGCAGAAGGAGGAGGAGGAGAAAGAAGAGGCCAUGCUCAAGUGUGUUGUCAGGGACAUGGCGAAGCCCGCUGCCUGCAAAAUACCAAGAAAUGCUGAAAACCAGUCCCACCUUCCUCCAACGAAUCUGUGCUAUGGGGGAACUCUGGGAGCUUAUACUAUUACUGAAGAAGGAUGCUUUUGUUUUCUCAUGCCAAGGAGAUUGCAUCAACAGUUUGAAAGCUACAAAGAACAAGUGAGAAAAAUAGGAGAAGAAGCCCGGCGCUACCAAGGAGAGCAUAAAGAUGAUGCCCCCACUUGUGGAAUCUGUCUGAAAACAAAGUUUGCCGAUGGCUGCGGCCAUUUAUGCUCUUAUUGCCGGACCAAGUUCUGCGCACGAUGUGGAGGUCGCGUUUCUCUACGGUCAAACAAUGAGGACAAAGUGGUUAUGUGGGUUUGCAAUUUGUGUCGGAAGCAGCAGGAAAUUUUAACCAAAUCUGGAGCCUGGUUUUUCGGUAGUGGGCCUCAACAGCCACCUAGCCAGGAUGGAACAUUGAGUGAUACAACCACUGGUGUGGAUGCACCUCGAGAAAAGAAAGCAAGACUUCAAGAGCGGUCAAGAUCUCAAACUCCUUUAAGCACAGCAGCCGUCUCAGCACAGGAAAAAAUUCCAUCUGGAGCACAACCUGACAGAAGCAAAAGAGCAGAGCCAUCACAGCAAAUUAUGGGUCCUGAGCAGAAACAGGUCUCUUCAAGGUCUCGAAGUGAACCCCCACGAGAGAGUAGGAAGAAGACGGCAGUGGGUUCUGAGCAGAAUGGCAAAGGAGGCCUGAAAAGUGAGCGUAAGCGGGUGCCAAAGUCCUCUCUUCAGCAAGGGGAGGAACCACUGGAUGAGAGGGAACGUAAAGAAAGGCGGGAAACCAGAAAACUAGAAAAAGGGAGAUCCCAAGACUACCCAGACGUGCCAGCAAAACGUGAUAAAGGCAAGGGUGGAAAUGAAGAGAAGCAAAGAAAAGAAGAGGAAUACCAAACGAAGUACCGCAGUGACCCCAAUUUAGCGAGAUAUCCUGUCAAACCGCAUCCCGAGGAGCAACAGAUGCGCAUGCAUGCCACGGUUUCCAAAGCAAGGCACGAAAGGAGGCACAGUGAUGUCUCUCUGCCACACACAGAGGUGGAAGCAGCAGAAGCCCCGGAGGAUAAAUUAGGGAAACAUUCCCAGUUACCAGGACCUCAGGAUCGAAAGUCUCUGGAAACACAGAGGUCAUAUUCCACUGAAAGGACUGGGGAUGUUAGAAUUUCUGUUUCUAAACAAUUAACUAAUCAUAGCCCACCAGCUCCUAGGCACGGUCCCGCUCCUUCAGAACACCUAGAGUCUAAGAGUCAGGAGUCUUUGAAAAAACAGAGUCGCCUAGAUCCUAGCUCUGCUAUUCUUGUCAGGAAAGCAAAACGGGAGAAAAUGGAAACUAUGCUGAGGAAUGACUCCCUUAGUUCUGACCAGUCUGAAUCAGUUCGACCAUCUCCACCCAAGCCCCAUAGAUCUAAGAGAGGUGGGAAAAAAAGGCAGAUGUCAGUUAGCAGCUCAGAGGAAGAAGGAGCGUCAACACCUGAGUAUACUAGCUGUGAAGAUGUGGAAAUAGAAAGUGAAAGUGUCAGUGAAAAAGGUGACUUGGAUUAUUACUGGCUGGAUCCUGCAACGUGGCACAGUCGAGAGACAUCCCCAAUUAGUUCGCAUCCUGUAACGUGGCAACCAUCCAAAGAGGGAGAUCGCUUAAUAGGGCGUGUCAUUCUUAACAAGAGAACAACCAUGCCCAAAGAAGCUGGUGCAUUACUGGGGCUUAAAGUCGUUGGGGGAAAAAUGACAGAUUUAGGACGUCUCGGUGCCUUCAUCACCAAAGUGAAGAAAGGUAGCUUAGCUGAUGUAGUGGGACAUUUACGAGCAGGAGAUGAAGUACUAGAGUGGAAUGGAAAACCCUUACCUGGAGCUACAAAUGAAGAAGUUUACAACAUUAUUUUAGAAUCAAAAUCAGAACCUCAAGUUGAAAUUAUUGUUUCAAGGCCUAUUGGUGACAUUCCAAGAAUUCCUGAAAGUUCCCAUCCUCCACUAGAAUCCAGUUCAAGUUCUUUUGAAUCUCAAAAAAUGGAAAGGCCAUCCAUUUCUGUCAUUUCCCCAACUAGUCCUGGAGCAUUGAAAGAUGCCCCUCAGGUCCUACCAGGGCAGCUCUCUGUGAAGCUAUGGUAUGACAAAGUGGGGCAUCAGCUUAUAGUAAAUGUUCUGCAGGCAACGGAUCUGCCCCCUCGAGUGGAUGGGCGUCAUAGGAAUCCUUAUGUGAAGAUGUACUUUCUUCCAGAUAGAAGUGAUAAGAGUAAAAGGAGGACUAAAACAGUCAAGAAAAUCUUAGAACCAAAAUGGAACCAAACUUUCCUCUACUCACAUGUACAUCGUAGAGAUUUUAGAGAACGAAUGCUAGAAAUAACUGUGUGGGAUCAACCAAGAGUACAAGAAGAAGAAAGUGAAUUUCUUGGAGAGAUCCUCAUAGAGUUGGAGACAGCACUAUUAGAUGAUGAGCCACACUGGUAUAAACUGCAGACACAUGAUGAAUCCUCACUACCUCUGCCUCAGCCAUCACCCUUCAUGCCAAGGAGACAUGUUCACCCAGAGAGCUCUAGCAAAAAACUUCAACGAUCUCAGCGAAUCAGUGAUAGUGACAUCUCAGAUUAUGAGAUUGAUGAUGGUAUUGGAGUAGUUCCUCCAGUCGGUUUUAGGUCUAAUACUAGAGAAAGCAAAUCUGCAACAUUAACUGUGCCAGAACAGCAAAGAACCACUCAUCACCGCUCACGAUCUGUAUCUCCUCACCGUGGUGACGAUCAGGGCAGGCCCCGUUCCCGUUUACCAAAUGUGCCAUUACAGAGGAGUUUAGAUGAAAUUCAUCAAAUGAGAAGAUCACGUUCUCCAACCAGACACCAUGAUGCCUCUCAAAGUCCAGUAGACGAUAGGUCCAGAGACAUGGAUGAUCAGUAUUUGUCAGAGCAAGAAAGUGAGCUUCUUAUGCUGCCCAGAGCAAAACGAGGACGAAGUGCAGAGUGCCUUCACACCACCAGUGAACUGCAGCCCUCCCUUGACAGGGCUAGGAGUGCUAGUACCAACUGCUUGAGACCAGAUACUAAUUUGCAUUCACCAGAACGAGAAAGGCAGUCCCGAAAAUCAGAAAGAUCUAGCAACCAAAAACAGACUAGGAAAGGCACUGCUUCUGAUACAGAAAGGGUUCUCCCACCAUGUGUUUCUAGAAGGGGACACCCAGGCCCAAGAACAACUGAUCAGCCACUCAUUAGGGGAAAACAUCACACUCGCUCAAGGUCUAGUGAGCAUUCUAGUGUCAGACCAUUAUGCUCUAUGCAUCAUCUUGUUCCCGGAGGGUCGGCGCCACCUUCUCCGCUUCUGACAAGAAUACACCAACAAGGAAGUCCAGGGCAGUCCCCCCCUGCAGACACUUCCUUCGGCAACCGGAGGGGAAGACAGCUUCCACAGGUUCCAGUGAGAAGUGGCAGUAUAGAACAAGCAAGCUUAGUAGUGGAGGAGCGAACGAGACAGAUGAAAAUGAAAGUACACCGAUAUAAGCAGACAACAGGGUCUGGUUCUAGCCAAGAACUUGAUCGAGAGCAAUAUUCUAAGUAUAACCUACAUAAAGAGCAGUACAGAAGCUGUGAUAACGUCUCUGCCAAAUCAUCAGAUAGUGAUGUCAGCGAUGUGUCUGCCAUUUCCCGCACCAGCAGUGCCUCCCGCCUCAGCAGCACAAGCUUUAUGUCAGAGCAAUCUGAGCGUCCCAGGGGCAGAGUCAGUUCAUUCACUCCAAAAAUGCAAGGCAGACGAAUGGGGACUUCAGGAAGAACAAUCACAAAGAGCACAAGUGUGAGUGGAGAGAUGUAUAAACUGGAGCAUAAUGAUGGCAGUCAGUCAGAUACAGCUGUUGGUACUGUUGGAACAGGCGGAAAGAAAAGAAGAUCCAGUCUCAGUGCCAAAGUAGUUGCCAUUGUGUCCCGAAGGAGCAGAAGCACAUCACAACUCAGUCAAACAGAAUCUGGCCACAAGAAAUUGAAAAGUACCAUACAAAGAAGCACAGAAACAGGAAUGGCAGCUGAAAUGAGGAGUCGGAUGGUACGACAGCCAAGUCGAGAGUCCACUGACGGCAGCAUAAAUAGUUACAGCUCUGAGGGAAAUUUAAUAUUUCCUGGGGUUCGGUUGGGAGCUGACAGUCAGUUCAGUGACUUCCUCGAUGGACUUGGACCAGCCCAGCUUGUAGGCCGGCAAACGCUAGCCACCCCGGCUAUGGGUGAUAUUCAAAUUGGAAUGGAGGACAAGAAAGGCCAGUUAGAAGUGGAAGUCAUCAGGGCAAGGAGCCUCACACAAAAACCCGGCUCCAAAUCUACCCCUGCCCCAUAUGUCAAAGUGUAUCUCUUGGAAAAUGGAGCCUGCAUUGCCAAGAAGAAGACUAGGAUUGCAAGAAAAACCCUUGAUCCUCUGUAUCAACAGUCCCUGGUUUUUGAUGAAAGUCCACAGGGUAAAGUUCUUCAGGUGAUAGUCUGGGGGGACUACGGAAGAAUGGAUCACAAAUGCUUCAUGGGUGUGGCCCAGAUCCUUUUGGAGGAACUGGAUCUAUCCAGUAUGGUAAUAGGCUGGUACAAAUUAUUUCCACCCUCGUCAUUGGUAGAUCCCACCCUGACUCCCUUGACUCGCAGGGCUUCCCAAUCAUCUCUGGAAAGUUCAAGUGGGCCUCCUUGCAUUAGAUCAUAGUGAACUUGUAGCCGAUCCUUGUCUAACUAAAAUGUUACCACCCAGGAUAACAAAUCUGAACCAGAUAUUCACAUGAUCAAAAACAUUGUUGGAGACAGACAAUCACUUCUGUUUUGCCUGUAGUAGUUAUCCAAAAGUGUGUCUGAAUUGUUUGUUGAAACCAGGCUCCGAAUGACAGAACAAGGCAGUCAGUCCACUCACAGUCAGCGUCUAUAUGCUAGUGAGAGUCGCUCUGCUCCUAACAGCCAAAAGAGGGAACUUUUGAAUUAGCACACAAAACGAAUGAACCAACUGGAAGCUCUCACUCUGUUCAAAUUAUUGUUUUUCCCACCUCAAACAGACCACAAGCAGUGUUAUCUCCCCAGUAUUUGAGCAAUUUUGUUUUUCUGUACCUGUUAUUUCCACUAGUUUAUUUCGGUGUAAUUCUACCAGUUUUGUGAGAUCUUGCAAUGCUAGCAGAGACCCUUCCUUUCUUUUUCUAAAACUUCAGUAUAAAAAAAGGGCUGAAGUGCAUCUCUGCAAGCAUUCUUUAAAAUGUGCAUCAGCCAGUCGAUUUAUGCCCAUGAGAUUUCCCGGUUUCACAGUUCAGAUUCUCCCAAGUCUUAUACAACCAUUAUGUGAAAACCCAGAACAAAUCAUCGACAGUUUUCUUCAAAACAACAUUGUCACGGCACCACUUUUUCUUUGUACAAAGCAGAUCUGUUUGCAUUAUGAAUAAUGUUCUUUUUAUGUUUCCUGAUGUUAUGCAUGGAAGAGUUUUGAAAACAAUCUACUGCACCUAAAACUGGAGACUGAUUUGAGCAACUUAAGUCUUCAUUUUGACAUUGAAAAUAUUACUUGUAAUGCAGUUUUCUUCCUAACAUCAAAGAAAGAAGAAUUAGUUUCAUGUGUAUAAAAUGUAUAUUUGACUUCCCAAAAUGUUAACCGGUAAUGGCGUUGAGCAUAUGACACUUUCAGCUGUAUUCAGGCUUCCUUGAUGUGUGUCACUUCAGAUGCACCUAUCUCCCCUGGAUAGAGCAUGGUAUGAGCUGUUCAGUAUUUCACUGGAAAUUCCCGUUGAAAUAUUCUGCACUUAACUGAUGUUUUUAUCAAAUUUUAGUUUACAUUUCUUUGAGAUUGAUGCAAGCACAAAGCUUGAUUUUUUACUGCAAAAUAUCUUACUUUUUUGAAGGAAAAAAAGUCAAAUUUCAAUUUGCCUUUUAUUCAUUUGGGUUCUUGGCUUUGAAUUCCCUUGUGAUUUUCUGUAGAUGUGCUGAAAAACUGCAGACUGUGCAGAUGCAUUGAGAUGUUUUCCCUCCUUUCUGGGCCAUUCAAUUUUGUGAUCACACCAAUAGAGCAGCAUGACUUGGAACUCUUCAAAGCUGCAUGCACGUUUUGUAAAAAAAAAUUAAAAAAAAAGAUUAUUUAAUAAUGUAUGUUAGUUCCACAUAGGCCAGCUUGUUUGUUGCAUGUAUUUGUACAGUUUGCUCGUAAUUAUGAUAUGGAAAUAACCAAGAAAUCUAAGCCAUCCAUUUUUCUUAUAGACAUUUGCAAGUUUUAACCAGACUCAGUCUGUCGGUCUGAUGCUGAAUGUCUAUAGAUGGACUUUAUUUUUUACCCUAUGGAAAACGUGAUGUAGUAUGGACCAAAUUCCUUCUAAUAAAUAUUUUGGUGUAGAUUCCUACUGUGGGGCCGUAACACAUGUAGAAACUGUGUACACACUAGGUUUUAAUUCAUAGACAUACUGCCUGCACCGAGUGAAUUAUUUAUUAUCAUUUAACAUGCCAGAAUUACAUGGCCAUCUUUCCAUAGGGCACAGAUUGAUUACUGCUCGACCUGCUGAGCAGGAAGAACUGAAGUAUUGGGGCACUGCUACUAGAUCCUGUUCUGUCUUAGUGGCCAACAAUCAACUAAUUAUAAUUCGGUAGUAUCUUUCUAUUUGACCACUUGUCUUAACACACAAAUGCACAUACACACACACAUGCACACACACACAAACACGCGCACACACACACACAUACACACACACACUCUUCCCCUGACCCCCUGUGCUUUUAAAUGAAAUCCCAACUCAUGUUAUGUAAACAUGUUUAAUAAAAUUUACUUUUCAUGUCAGUCCGUAGCCAUCUGUGUUGUAUGUUUUGUCAGAUUUGCCAAAACUGAAGCUGGACUAUGCGAGUGAGAGAAACUGGAUUUGUUUUCUGUUUGCUGGUAUUUUACUUGACUUGUCAGUACACUAAUUAUGUCUUCAAGAUUUGUCUCAAGGGUGCAUUGCAUUACUUAAAGUUUUCAUUGUCUCCAUACCUAAGUGAGCACAUCACUACCCUUCUGAAACGUGGCAUUAUUAAAAAUAAUAAAUCUUAGAAAGAAUUGAA